AUGAAGGAAAUUAUUCAUAUUCAAGUUGGUCAAUGUGGAAAUCAAAUUGGUUGUAAAUUUUGGGAAAGUAUUUCAAAUGAACAUGGUAUUGAUUCAACUGGGAUAUAUAAUGGUGAUAAUGAUAAUCAACUUGAAUGUGUUAAUGUUUAUUACAAUGAAAUAGACAAAAAAAAAUAUGUUCCUCGUGCAAUUCUUACUGAUCUUGAACCAGGUACAAUGGAUGCAGCUCGUGCUUCUCCAUUUGGUCAACUUUUUCGACUAGAUAAUUUUAUUUUUCGUCAAUCAGGUGGUGGAGGUAAUUGGGUAAGAGCUAAUUAUACAGAAGGUGCUGAAUUAACCGAUCUAUUGCUUGACAUAGUUCGUAAAGAGAGUGAAUCAUGUGAUUGUCUUCAAGGUUUUCAAUUAACUCAUUCACUUGGUGGUGCAACUGGUUCUGGAAUGGGUACAUUAAUUAUUUCAAAAGUUCGUGAAGAAUAUCCUGAUCGUAUAAUGAUGACAUUUAGUGUUUUUCCAUCUCCAUUAGUAUGUGAAACUGUUGUUGAACCAUAUAAUGCAACACUUUCUAUGCAUCAAUUAAUUGAGAAUACCGAUCAAACAUAUUGUAUUGAUAAUGAAGCUUUAUAUAAUAUUUGUUCGAGAACAUUAAAAUUACCAACACCAACAUAUAAUGAUCUUAAUCAUUUAAUAUCAUCAACAAUGUCUGGUGUAACAACAUGUCUUAGAUUUCCAGGUCAAUUAAAUGCUGAUUUACGUAAAUUAUCAGUUAAUAUGGUUCCAUUUCCACGUUUACAUUUUUUUCUUUCUGGUUUUGCUCCAUUAACAUCUCGAUCAAGUGAUUUAUAUCGUUCAUUAACUGUAUCAGAAUUAACUCAUGAAAUGUUUGAUACAAAAAAUUUAAUGGCAUCAUGUGAUCCUCGACAAGGAAAAUAUUUAACUGUUGCUGCUAUUUAUCGUGGACAAAUAUCAAUGAAAGAAGUUGAAGAAGAAAUAUUAAAUAUUCAAAUGAAAGAUUCAUCUUAUUUUGUUGAUUGGAUUCCAGAUAAUGUUAAAACAGCUGUUUGUAAUAUUCCACCUCGUGGACUUGAAAUGUCAGCAACAUUUAUUGCUAAUAAUACAUUAAUUCAAGAAGUAUUUAAACGUAUAUCAGAACAAUUUACAGCAAUGUUUCGUCGAAAGGCUUUCUUACAUUGGUAUACAUGUGAUGGCAUGGAUGAAAUGGAAUUUACUGAAGCUGAAUCAAAUGUACAUGAUUUAAUAAGUGAAUAUCAACAAUAUAAUAAUAUUACAAAUGAAGAUAAUGAUGAUUAA